UACACCAUCACACCCCCUCGCCGACAAUUAAAAUAAAAAAUAAAAUAGUAUUCCCACACAAUUCCGCCCCCUGAACCGCCUGACCUUUGCCCCCUCACCCCUCUCCCCCCCGGAAUGGGUACAGAGGGUUUGUUGGUGGAGUUGACGACUGUUUGUGGGCCUGAUAACUCCCUGACACAAUGGCGUUUAUGAAAGUUUAUGGGCAAAUUCGCAUCCACAGCAUACAGACCGGCACCACAAAAUGGAGGGAGGGCAGCUUCGAAAUCGUGGAGAAGGACAACAAAGCUCUUCUACUCGUUGUCUUCAAAGCUGGAGGUCCCACCAAAACAUUCCAGCUCAGCCGCAACGUGAAGGUGGUGCAAGUCAGCCCCUCGACCAAGCUGCGGAGCCGGCUGUUGGUGACUCUGCAGGACAAGAGCAGCCUGAUUAUUGACCAGGCUCCCAGCCACGAUGCUCUGCUGCUGAAGGAAUACUUGGAGGAGCUGAACCCCACCCGAGUAAAGACUCAUCAAGGAUCCAGCAACUUUGGGCCAAAGUUAGGAAACCGGGUGAUGUCAAAAGAAUCUCACCGUCAGCUGUCUAAUAUAGAGAAUCAGACACCGUGUCGACGGGAUGAGACUCCAAACCGGAAAACCACCAGCACUCCCGGUCGAUCAAGUCUUCAACAUGGCUCUCGAGCUCUACAAGCAAGCAGCGCCCCAGGCAGCAGGAUGGGGACCGCUUCUCACGCGCUGCCCAGAGCAAUCAAGUCGGAGAACCGUAGUGAGAAGAGAAAGAGGAUGCUUUCCCCAGACCUGGAGCUGACUGAAGAUUAUCCCAAAGAGAACGAUUCUUCCAGCAAUAACAAGGCCACAGGCGAUUCUGCUCGUAAAUUCCUGAGCAGCUGCCGUGACAAGCAAGUCAGCCUGAAGCAGGCUGAGGAGAACAGGAAUUCUGGUGUGAUGCCACUCCAGUCCUUUUAUGGAACCAGAUCAUCUUCCAAGGAUUAUUCCCCAGGGAACUCCUUUUUGGACAGGUCUGGACACUCGGGUCAGGCCCCCUCGGCCAAGAGGAACCUGGGCUUUCUGCCUCAGCCCACGCCCCAGUCCGUGAAGAAGCUUCGUCCAAACCAAGAUUACACGGGAUGGAAUAGACCCAGACCGCUCCACCCCACACAGCUCCCACAGCUGCUUCAGGGGUUUUCGAACCUCGGCAACACGUGCUACAUGAAUGCUAUCCUGCAGUCCCUGUUCUCACUCCAGUCUCUGGCCAUGGAUCUACUGAAGCAAGGUAUCCCCUGGAAGAAAAUCCCAGCAAAUGCGCUGCUGAAGCGCUUCGCCCAUCUCCUGGCCAAGAAGGACAACUGCAGCCCGGAGGUGAAGAAAGAGCUGCUGAAGAAGGUGAAGAGUGCCAUCUCGGCCACCGCGGAGAGAUUCUCCGGAUACGUGCAGAAUGAUGCCCACGAGUUCCUGAGCCAGUGCAUGGACCAGCUGAAGGAGGACAUGGAGAAGCUGAACAAGACGUGGAAGAACGAGCCAGUGGAGGGCGAGGAGGGCCCGGCCGGGCGAGGGGGUGACGAGGACGGAGCGGCCAAAGUCUACGCCUGUCCCAUCAUCUGUAACGUGGAGUUCGAGGUCCUGCACACCAUCGACUGCAAAACGUGUUCAGAAAGCGUCACAAAGAGAGAGCAGUUCAACGAUCUCUCCAUCGACCUCCCGAGGCGGAAGAAGCAGCUGCCUCCCAGAUCGAUCCAGGACUCGCUCGAUCUCUUCUUCAGGGCUGAAGAAAUUGAAUACUGCUGCGAGAAAUGCAAUGGGAAAAAUGCGGUUGUGACCCACAAGUUCAGCAGGCUACCCAGGGUCCUCAUCCUCCACCUGAAACGGUACAGCUUUAACGUGCAGCUCUCUCUGAAUAACAAGCUGGGCCAGCAGGUGAUCAUCCCCAAGUACCUGGCCCUCGCUGCCCACUGCACUGAGACCACACGGCAGCCCCAUGUACUGGCCUGGAACACGCAAGGUCCAAUCUCACGGCCACUGAAAACCUCGCAGUCAGUCAACUCUACACUUGUGCAGACUACACUGGGGAGGAAGUACUGCUUCAAGUCGUCAAUCGUGAUCCAGGACUCGGACAGUGAAGAUGAGCAGGUGAAGCGAGCCAUGAUGAUCAGCAAACAGAUGAGUGAACAGGUUCACCGAGAGUCACAGCAGGAGGACCAGGAAAUACAGCUGGCUCUCAAGGCAAGCAAGCAGGAGUUGGAGCUCCCGGCCACGACCCUGGUGAUAGACUCGUCCUUUGACAGGAUGAGUGAAGAUGAGUUGUUGGCUGCCGUGCUGGAGAUCAGUAAGCAGGAGACGUCGAGGAGCCCGGGUAGGGACGAGGGGCAGGAGACGUCGAGGAGCCCGGCCAGGGACGACGGACAGGAGACAUCACAGAGCCCGGCUAGAGGCCAGGGACAGGAGACGUUGCAGAGCCCACCCGGAGUCGAGGGGCAGGAGACGUCGCUGAGCCUGGCCAGGGUUGAGGGGCAGGAGACGUUGAGGAGCCCGGCCAGGGGCCAGGGGCAGGAGAAGCCCAGCAGCAGCCCCGACACCGGCUUCGGGGACGACGAGGCCCAGGAGUUGUUGGAACAGCACGAAGUGGCAGAGAUGGAUGUGUCCAGAAACACCGUGGAUACAGACCCUGUUGAAGCCUCAAAAGACUUUGACGAGAAUAAGGAGAAUAAAACUCCGGAGGGUGCCCAGGGCGAUAUGGAGUGGAUGCAGCAGUAUGAAUUGGACAGAGAGCGAGAGGAGCAGGAGUUGCAACAGGCUCUGGCACAGAGUCUGCAGGAGCAGGAGGCUCGGGAGAUGAAGGAAGAUGAUGACUUAAAACUAGCAACAGAAUUGAGCAUCCAAGAGUUCAAUAGCUCGUUCGGAGAGCUCGUGGGCUCGGACGAAGACUCGGGCAACGAGGAAGUCCUGGACAUGGAUUACAGUGAAACUGAAGCUGAAGAGCUGAAGAGGAAUGCGGAGACUGGCGAACUGGCUCACUCCUACCGAUUGAUCAGUGUGGUCAGUCACAUUGGCAGCUCCUCGUCCUCUGGUCACUACAUCAGUGAUGUCUUCGACAUCAAGAAGCAGAGCUGGCUGACGUACAAUGAUCUCGAGGUGUCUCGGACAGUGGAGGGCACGGUGCAGGCAGACCGGGACAAGAGCGGAUACAUAUUUUUCUACAUGCACAAGGAGAUACUGGAUGAGUUGGUGGAGGCAGAGAGGAGUCCGCAGCCCAGUGGGUUGGACUGCAACAGGCCUGUACUGCAGCCCCUGUGAUAGAGGGCACCCACUACAGCAUCGCGUUACGUCAACCAGGGACUCGCCCUCGUUUACAGUUAGUCCCGACGGUGGGGGAGGGGGGAGAGGAGCGGAGAGAAAAUACCUCCCUCAACAGUGACCGGCCGUUGCCGGAGUGCAGCGCCCCUCUGCUCAUUUGUUAGCGGGAAUAGGUGCUGGAGUUGAACCUCACAUCGCCCGGCUGUGAGCUCAUUCCUCUCUCUCUCUCUCUCUUUUCUCUCCCCUUCUGCCCCCCUCUCCCUUCUCCCCCUCCCUCUCUUUAUCUCCGCUAGCACAUAUGCACACAAGGAUCCUGGUGUCAAUCUGUCACUCCAACCAAUUCCCCAGGGAAUUCAAGAUGGAAUUGGACCAGUGCCGCUGAUCAGACACUUGAGGGGGGGGGCAGGUGUUUUGUAUGGGGUUUUUUUUAGGACAAAAUAUAUAAUAUAUGAAUCUAAACUUGC